UCUCUCUCUCUGUUCGACUCUCAGCUCGGACAGAUGCAGAUGCUCCAGCUGACAGCAGCGGGACUCUUUGUCAUUUUUGGAUGUUUUUUUGUUUGUUUGUUUGUUUGGUUUUUUUUGCACAUCCAGCAAAGUAAAGUCAUCAGAUUUCUCCAAAGCAGCUCCUGUAGAUCCACAUUGCAUCUGAACCUUAAACCCGCAGAUUCUCAAAGUGACUGUGGGCGAGCAGGGGCGCAGAGAGGCGAGCUUUGCGCGGACUUUGAUUUACGCUUUUGUCCAGUUUGCAGCCCGCACACGUUGAUGCUUGCAGAGAAGUGACAUGCAAACAGGAAUGAAGUAGACGAGCUGCGGCUCCGACGCACACACAGAUCCGGCAGGUUCGGCGCGGCGGUGUGGUAAGAACUGAAACAAACAUGAAAUCCAGGAGUCAGGACCAGAGUUUGUCUGACUCCAGAGAGCUGGACAGAUCUUACGACCCACUGACAGGUAAUCCACCAUCCAAACCCAAUAAAAAGACCAUAAAGCAGAGGCUCCUCAAACUGCUCCCCUGCUGUCGCUCUGGCUCCAGCCCUUCAAUUAAUCAAAGAAGUAUAACUGACGAGGCUGAACUGUCGACAGUGUGUUACAGACCGGAGGGGCUCGACCGUCUCGUACAGCAGACCAACUUCAGCAAGAAGGAGCUGCAGGUCCUCUACCGGGGGUUCAAAAAUGAGUGUCCCAGCGGUGUGGUGAAUGAAGAGACUUUUAAAAGCAUCUACUCCCAGUUCUUCCCUCACGGAGAUUCAAGUAUGUAUGCACAUUUCCUGUUUGAAGCUUUUGACACCCAUAACAACGGAGCGGUCAGCUUUGAGGACUUUGUUAUAAGUCUGUCCAUCAUCUUGAGAGGGUCCAUCACUGAUAAACUCCACUGGGCCUUUAAUCUGUAUGAUCUCAACAAAGACGGCUGCAUCACCAGAGAGGAGAUGACAGAUAUUAUGCACUCCAUCUAUGACAUGAUGGGGAAGUAUACCCACCCCAGCAUGAAGGAUAAUGCUCCCAAGGAGCAUGUUGACAACUUCUUCCAGAAAAUGGACAAGAACAACGACGGAGUGGUCACCAUCGAGGAGUUCUUGGAGACAUGCCAAAAGGAUGAAAACAUCAUGCAGUCCAUGCAUUUGUUUGACAAUGUGAUCUAAGGCUCAGUGGACACAGACAUGAGAUUUUCCCUCCUGCCUGAAGCUCAUCCACAGUUCUUCAACCCCCAGCCAGAAUGGACGGUGUUUCUUGGCCUGAACAGAGUGGUGCAGGGUGCAAACAUACUGAGGAUAUCUACCCCAAAACCACCUUUUAUUGUGAUUUUUUUAAAAUUAAAAGUGUAUAGGAAGGCAUCAAUAGAUGAAUUCUGUUGUUUUAAGAUCUUAUAUCAUGAUUGAAUGAGCUGUGCAGACUGAUUUGAACAAGCAUAUUUAAUGCUGUAGAGAAACAGCUCUAACAAUAAGCAUUGAUGAACAGGUGGCUCAAAAAACAACAGGAAACUGCCAUGGCCUCUUCACUUGUACAAAUGAUGACUAUUAACUUACCAUAUUUUCACUAUUGCAUGAAUGAAUGUGCAGACACAUGGAUGAAAAUGAAUAAUGCUUAAAAUGUUGCAGAGUAUCACACACUUUCUAUACUCACAGUUAUACUACAACGAAGGACGGCUCUAAUAAAGGGAUGAAGUUUGAAAUCAAGCAAUAAUCUUAAAGUAACAUGUUAUCAAACCUCUGUUCUCCACCAUUUAUUGUAAUACUGUGUAUUGUGUCUGCAUGAUGUGUCUGUUUUGACUGGCCAUUGAUAAUUAAAGUGUUAAUAUAUUUUCUAUAUGGACAUCGUAACAAUGAAGAUGAUGAAAUUGAAUAAAACCACAGAGUUACUAUGCAAAA